AUGCAUUCAUUUCCCAAAGCAAGAGCCUGGUCUAUCGUGUUGUCCACAGCCGCGGUCAUGGAAGGUUAUGACCUUCUCCUCGUUACGUCUUUCUUUGCCUCCCCGCCGUGGACCAAACAAUAUGGAACACUCCAGUUGAACGAUAAAUAUGAACUGUCCGCUGCCUGGCAGAUAGCGCUUUACAAUGGACCAGCUGUUGGGGAAAUUGUUGAGCUUUGUCUCAACGAUCUGGUAGUGGAGCGUAUUGGAUACCGCAGGACCAAGGGCCGCACGUAUGCUGAGCUGGAUAUUCUCUUUGAGAAAGGUGUCAGUGCCCGGAGGUUUGCGAACACAACUGCGGAUCUAUUUUCACGUCCAAGCCGUGUAAUGUCAAGCAGGAUGGAACUGACUUGUUAA